GCCGCCGCCGUAUCACAACACGUUGUCACGUUGCCGCCGGUUCACUGUCACACAUACACGCGUAUCCGCUUCCGUAUAAAUAAUAACGGUUGACAAUAGAACAACAACAAUAAUAACGAUAUGUAAUAUUAUUGCAUCAUAGUACGCRAACACGUGGCCGUUCGUCGACCACCUAGCCUGGAGACUCACACUCGUUUCCCGGGGRCCUAAUUCAUUACACGGGAAUGGCGUUUGAAACGAAUGAAUCAGGCGAGGGCUGCACCGAAAAUAAACGUUGAAAUAAUUUGCUGUCGAGAAUUUCAAUCAAAAAUGUUUGACAGGAAUUUGGUUAUUACUGCGCUGAUUUUUCUAUAUGGCAAUCUAGAUGUAAACUGUCAAAUGCACGAACCAGACGAAAUAAUGCCUGAAUUUUAUGCGCCACUGGAAAAUUGGACGGUGACCCAAGGCCGAGACAUAUACUUUACGUGCACGGUGAACAAUUUGGGAAAGUACAAGGUCGCUUGGAUAAAAUCGGAUUCUAAAGCAAUUUUGGCGAUCCACACGAACUUGAUUGCUCAUAAUCACAGGUUGACAGUCACUCACAAUGGACAUAAUACUUGGAAAUUGCACGUGAUCAAUGUUCAAAAAAACGAUACUGGAAGUUACAUGUGCCAAAUAAAUACGCAACCGAUGAUAGUACAGACUGGAUACUUGGACGUGCGGAUUCCACCGAACAUAUUGGACGAGGCAGACAUCGAGGGCCCAGGUAGCGCUGCYAUGGAAGGUGGUACCAUACGGUUGCGGUGCCGGUCUACUGGGAAACCGGAACCAAAAGUUCAUUGGAAGCGAAAAGACAAUCGUCAUAUCGUUAUCCGGUCAGAUGGGGCUAGGGAAAAACAAGAAUCGGCCACUGUCAAGGGCGACACGCUGGAGCUUAGCAACGUCCACCGGACCGACAUGGGCAAGUAUCUGUGCAUAGCCAAGAACAACGUGCCACCAACAGUCAGCAAGGAAUUCAACGUUCAGAUACACUUUCAUCCGAUGAUCAAGGUAACCAAUCAACUGGUGGCCGCGCCGACCGGAAGCAACGUGCACAUUCAGUGUUAUGUUGAGACAUCACCAAAAGCAAUGCACAGCUGGGCAAAAAUAGACGAACUGCACUUACCCAGCGCUCCAACCACUCCGGAAGCACCACCGCCGGAACCCGAAGAAGACGGCGACGGAGAGUCAGCUGGUGCAGACGAGGAAAACUUGGUGCCUGUGGAAGGCGAACCGACAGCCAAYGGUGACAACCGAUCGUUGGAUGAACAACAACGACAACAGGAGCAACAUAAUCAUCCAUCGGAAUCCACAAAAAAACCUCCACAGUCUGCUCAUGGAGGUGGAARUGGAGGUGGAGGCGUUCGACAUCAUGACAACAAACAAAGGCACGGCUCUGGAAAAGGUUCCGGUUCAGGAUGUCCGGUCUGUUGGACGCUAGUGCUGGCCACCGUCGUYGUAGUCACACUGUUCCGGUCACCGGCCAUAUUGCGGUGGUGA